AUGGUGGACGAUAGCUACUAUAUCACGCCGCAUGAAACUGCGCUUGCGGUGGUUGCAACUGCCAUGAAGAAGGCACGGCUGCAGCUUGACACGCUCGUUGUUAAUUCGCUGGUCGGUGGGGUAUUAUUCAGCACCGGCGGCAUGCUCUAUCUCGCCGGCCACUCAGACAGCCCCGGCAUGAUGGCCAGCGCGCCCGGCCUUGCAAAUCUUCUGGGGGCCGCCACGUUCGUGCUCGGUCUCUUUUUUGUGGUCAUUAAUGGCGCAGACCUGUUCAAUUCCAAUAUCCUCUUCUUCAGCGUGGCAUUGCUGCGGCGUGCCGUGUCCAUCUACGACUUGCUGGUUUCAUGGAUUGUGAGCUGGUUUUGCAACCUCGCCGGUACGCUCUUCGUGUGCUACGUGAUCUGCCACCUCUCCGGCGCAACCGCCUCAGAGUCGUGGGUGGAGAACUCGAGAGUAAUAGUAGCAUCGAAAGUGUCACACUCAUUCGUGCAAAUCCUGAUCCGCGGGAUGGCGGGCAACUUCUACGUCUGCUUGGCUAUCUACCUGCAGCUAAUGGUUAAGCCGCUGCAUGUCAAGCUGAUUGUGAUGAGCCUGCCCAUUUUCACCUUUGUGUCGAUGGGGUUCACACACGUUAUCGCCGAUAUGUACCUUGUGAUGAUGGGCAUGAUAAAUGGCGCAGACCUCACAGUUGCACGCUGUAUCUGGGCGGUGUUCAUUCCGGGCACGCUUGGGAACAUUAUCGGAGGUUUUGCGUUCGGCGCGAUUGUGCCUUUCUACCUCCACCUCAUCGUGGUCGAACGGGACCGCAAGAAGCUAUCGCUGCCGGAAUACGAUGCCCGAGACGAGCAGCCAGAGCUGAAUAUAGACUCGCGAGUCGUACGUGUCCCGAAGGAGCAGGCACAGGACAAGGGCGUGACCGACUUGCUCUCUGCCUACUACCCCGAUGAGCAGUUGCACGCGAUGCCGGACAGCGAGGCCCGCAGCCAGAGCAUGCCGGUGGUGUCCCGCACCACAACACGCAGGUCACACGCGUCAAGCUUCGCCGCGCCCUCGGCGGCCGCAACCCGGUCUCCGCCGGGCGUCUUCCCUGUCCGGGGCAUGGCCAGGCCGCUCACCCGCGAACGCCAUAUCGCAAACGCAGCCGAUGACUCCGCGCCGUAUCUCGCGCUCGAUUCCAGUUCAACCACCAGCUCGCUCCGCUCGAGCUCCGACAGCACACAGCCGCCCACAGCCGCGCGCCGCCGCCAUUCGCUCCCCGGGACGCUGUGGGAGUCUCCCGAUCAGGAGGAAGCGCAAUACCUCUACGACGGCGGCUACGACGUCCGCGGCCACACGCUGGGCUCAAGGCUUGAGCGCGCGCUGACGUGGAUCACCUCCCCUGCACGCCUGCCGUCCCCCGAGCCCUUUGUCGCCGAGAAGGCCGCACCGGGCUCGCCUCGAGCCCGCCGGGCCUCCUUCGCGAGCCGCUUCCGCAGCUUCGGGCGCGCGUUCAUGCCAUCCCGUGACCCGGAUGAUAUCCACACAAUCCACCGCAAGCUUUCGGAGGCCGGCGUCACCGCCGUGGCCGCAGACGCCUCCGACAACAUUGCAGGUGUGGUCAACUACGAUGGCAUUGCGCUGCCCGCGAACAACUCGCCGUUCUACAGAACACAGCCCCAGCUCAGGCCUGUCGUGCCUCUGGCCGCCAGACCGUCCUUCGAGACCGCGGCAGCUAGAAGCUCCAAGAGGCUCUCCCAGCUGCGGAACAUGGUGAGUUUCGAUAACGAUGAUUUCGAAGAACAAAGCAUACGCGAGCCGCGCUAA